CCCCUUCCAACAUUCCACCUGCUUCACGCACAGCCAAUAGACGGGAUCGCGUCCUGGUGAACAGGACUGCAGAAAGAAACAUGUCGCGACGAAAACGUCAAAACAAAAAGCCAUCUAAGUUUGCACCAGAAGACCUGACAAGAAUAAUCGAAAAUGUCGAGUUUCAGUCAGAUGAUGUGGAGGGGGAGAGAGAGGGCCGGAGAGAAAAGAGAGAGGGGAGGCCGUGGGAGACAGACCCAGGGACAAGAGGCAAUCCGAUGACUGAGUGUGAGCGCGUGAACGGUCCUACUUCGAAGACGUCCAAACAAGUUCACAUCGUCUUCCUCCCCGACAGAUACCAAACUCUCAUAGAGGAGGUGGAGGACAGCGAGGGAAGAGAGGAGGAGGAGAGGAAAAAACAGGCGAAGGAGGAGAGAAAAAAGGAGAAACACAAGAAGUACAGAAAGAACGUCGGGAAGGCUCUGCGGUUCGGCUGGCGAUGUCUGGUUGCCGGGUUACAGAGCUUAGCGAGCGGCUAUGCUACACCCCUUUCGGCUGCAGCCACGUUGGGGACCGACGUCCACAGAACUCACCGCUAGGCAUGAUGGGACGGAGGACUAAUAUCUGGGACUAGACACAUACAGUCUCAACUGCAUUUUAUGUCAUUAUUUCAGACUUGAACCGUUACCUAAUACAGUAUGUGUUUCUAGUGGUUAAAUCAGGCUGUUGGUUAUGUAAUGUUACCUUCUCCUGUUUAGUUUUACUCUGGUAGCAUUGGCAUAUUUGAAUAAUAUUUAUAUGUUUCACGUUGAAUGUUUUGAUGUUUACCGGUCUUUGUUUUGAUGUUUACCGGUCUUUGUUUUGAUGUUUACCGGUCUUUGUUUUGAUGUUUACCGGUCUUUGUUUUGAUGUUUACCCGUCUUUGUUUUGAUGUUUACUGGUCUUUGUUUUGAUGGUUACCCGUCUUUGUUUUGAUGUUUACCGGUCUUUGUUUUGAUGUUUACCGGUCUUUGUUUUGAUGUUUACCGGUCUUUGUUUUGAUGUUUACCGGUCUUUGUUUUGAUGUUUACCGGUCUUUGUUUUGAUGUUUACCGGUCUUUGUUUUGAUGUUUACCCGUCUUUGUUUUGAUGUUUACUGGUCUUUGUUUUGAUGGUUACCCGUCUUUGUUUUGAUGUUUACCGGUCUUUGUUUUGAUGUUUAUCGGUCUUUGUUUUGAUGUUUACCGGUCUUUGUUUUGAUGUUUACCGGUCUUUGUUUUGAUGUUUACCCGUCUUUUGUUUUGAUGUUUACCGGUCUUUGUUUUGAUGUUUACUAUCUGAAAAGGCAGUAAAGAGAGUGACAAGGAAGAAAGAGAAGGACUGAGAAAGUACAGCACUGUAGAAUAUGAAGAGGAUGGAAACAGAAAUGGAUAUAGAAUUGAAAAGAGGAAAAAGUAUGACGGGUGAAGGUUUGAGAGAGGAUGCGGAGAUGAGUUGAUAGGCCUUCAUAAAGUGUCUUUCUCCCCGAAGCAAAGUAAACAACUCUACAGUAUGCACCAUACAAUACUACGCAUUUAACUGGUUUACCUGGUAGAUUCAGAAAGGAUUGUGACCAGGGAAAUGAACCAAAAUGCCUGUCCAGGGUUCUACCAUUCCCACCGUGGUACUAACCAGGGGUGUAUUCAGCAGGUCGCAUCGGUUUUGGAAUGCUCAGAUAAAACUAUGCUAUGUAGAUCUCAGAUAGGGAGGGCUGUAACGUAGACGCUUGGGAGUCAGGAAGCAGUUGGAGAAUUUAAUAGAAUGCAAACAAUAACCAACACAACACCAGGAGUAACGUCGGGACAUGAGCACAGAGUCAGUAACGCCUGGAGGGGAAUAUAAGGCUUAAAAUACAGUAAAAUGUAGCUCUGUCACAUGAUUUAAAAUACAGUAAAAUGUUGCUCUGUCACAUGAUUUAAAAUACAGUAAAAUGUUGCUCUCUCACAUGAUUUAAAAUACAGGAUAAAAUGUUGCUCUGUCACAUGAUUUAAAAUACAGUAAAAUGUAGCUCUGUCACAUGAUUUAAAAUACAGUAAAAUGUUGCUCUGUCACAUGAUUUAAAAUACAGUAAAAUGUUGCUCUCUCACAUGAUUUAAAAUACAGGAUAAAAUGUUGCUCUUUUACAAGUGCUAUGUAUAUGGGGAGUAAUCAGGAAGGUGAUAGAGUCCAGGUGUGCCUGAUGAUGAUGUGCAGGUGUGUGUAAUGAUGAUGUGCAGGUGUGUGUAAUGAUGAUGUGCAGGUGUGUGUAAUGAUGAUGUGCAGGUGUGUGUAAUGAUGAUGUGCAGGUGUGUGUAAUGAUGGGUAGCCAGGGCGGUGGUUAGUAAACCGGUGACGUCGAACGCCGGAGGGGAAGAGCAGGGGUAGACGUGACAAUGGCACUCUGUUUGGCACAAUCAUGUGACAGAACAAUAUUUGAUCCUGUAUUUUAAAUCAUGUGUCAGAGCAAUAUUUGAUCCUGUAUUUUAAAUCAUGUGACAGAGCAAUAUUUGAUCCUGUAUUUUAAAUCAUGUGACAGAGCAAUAUUUGAUCCUGUAUUUUAAAUCAUGUGACAGAGCAAUAUUUGAUCCUGUAUUUUAAAUCAUGUGACAGAGCAAUAUUUGAUCCUGUAUUUUAAAUCAUGUGACAGAGCAAUAUUUGAUCCUGUAUUUUAAAUCAUGUGUCAGAGCAAUAUUUGAUCCUGUAUUUUAAAUCAUGUGUCAGAGCAAUAUUUGAUCCUGUAUUUUAAAACAUGUGACAGAGCAAUAUUUGAUCCUGUAUUUUAAAUCAUGUGACAGAGCAAUAUUUGAUCCUGUAUUUUAAAUCAUGUGUCAGAGCAAUAUUUGAUCCUGUAUUUUAAAUCAUGUGACAGAGCAAUAUUUGAUCCUGUAUUUUAAAUCAUGUGACAGAGCAAUAUUUGAUCCUGUAUUUUAAAUCAUGUGACAGAG